GAAACAGAAGCUCAUGAAAGAAACGCCACAGAGAUCUGACCUGGGAUGACGGCGCAUGUGUCAGCAGAGAGGGCUGUGCGUGCUACCCCUGGCACAUGUGCCAUAGGUUCGCCACCACGGGUAUAGGGAGUCCAUUGACAUGUCAUACCAUUGAGCCACGGUGGCGCAGUGGUUAGAGUGUCGUACUGCAGGCUACUUCUGCUGGCUGCCUGCAAUUUGGCAGUUCGAAUCUCACCGGGCUCAAGGUUGACUCAGCUUUCCAUCCUUCCGAGGUAAUUUUUUCCCCACCAUGGUGGCCCUGCGUGCACAGCUCCCGUGAAGUGCCCAGACUUGCUAGUUCACUUGUUGUAAGCGCAUCGCAAAAUGCAACGUCCCCAUUUGUUAUCUUUUGUGAGGAUGUACUGCUCUCCGGCCUCCAAAAAGUCUGAAGCAGCCAACACAAUGGAAACAGCUAAAGUUUUUCUUUGUCGCCUCUCUGGAGCUGGAAGGGAUUUGGGAAGACACUCCGUUCAGCGAAUCUCUGCAACCACACAAAGCUGGUGGGAAAAAUACGAGGAAUUUGUCGGCAUUAAUGAAGUCCGAGAAGCCCAGGGAAAUGUGACCGAGGCUGAAAAACAGUUUAUGUUUGCUCGAGGAAUUGUACGAGAAACUCGUGACACGUGGGAGACUCAGCAGCUGAAAUUGAAGGAAAUUCGGGAUCGUUUAGACAGAGUUUCACGUGAGGACGUUCAGUAUCUGGAACUGGCAACUUUGGAGCACAAAUUAUUGCAGGAAGAGAAAAGGUACCGGAUCAACUACCUAACAGCCGAAGAAUCUGAGCGGGAAGCUUUCUCUCUCUUCUCUGCCGCCGUGAGGGAAAGUCACGAAAAAGAGAGAACGAGAGCUGAGAAGACAAAGAACUGGUCCAUUAUUGGCUCCGUGUUGGGGGCCGUGAUUGGGGUCUUGGGCUCCACUUACAUCAACCGAGUUAGGUUGCAGGAAUUAAAAGCCUUAGUUUUCGAGGCCCAGAAGGGCCCUGCGAGCCUUCAGGAAGCCAUCCGGGAUCAAGCCACUGCCUAUCGCUCCCAAAAACAGGAUCUCGGUGACCUCAUUGCCAGUCUGAAGAACAUCCUGCAACUUGCAAUGGUGACAUCGCCGCAGGAAGGGGAAGGGGCUUCCUUGACCAAAGACAGAUCAAGCACCUCACUAAAAAUAGACCCUGUCUUGGUUUCUGUGAAGGAGCAGCUGGUCUACUCUAAACAAAUCAGCUCAUUCCUCGGAAGCUUGCAGGAGCAGCUUAGUAAUUUGGAAAAAAACCUAGGGCAGAUGGUCCGUGAAGUGCGGGACGUUAAAGUUGUACCUCAGUCCGUACCUGAGGAAAGGGGUUUGCUUAGCCUUCCCUCAGAGGCGAAGAGCCAGGCUUUAGAGGCAGAAGAGGUGGUUCUCGAAUUGUGCAACACCGAAAGGAGGUUGAAAGCCCAAAUGAAGAAGAACUCCAUCUACAGCACAGUCUUCACCUGUACCAUGUUGGCUGUCAGCUUCCCCAUGCUCUAUAUACUGUUGAAGGGAAAUUAGCCUGCAGUUUUAGCCCCUCUCCUCAAAAGUCUUAAAAAAUAAUAAUAAAAGGGUGUUCCUUGACCAUAAAUGCUUCCUCAAAGUCAUUUUGCAGAAGCGCCUGGUGGUUGAUGGCCCGAGUCAGUAUAUAAUGAACUCUGUUCUAAGAGUCUUUUGCAGAUUCUUCUUUUAUGUAGACAGAGAAAUGAUUUGUGGUUUUUUGCACCAUUGGUGCUCUUUGCCUUUGGAAUCUGACAGAAAACCUCGAUGCCUUCGAGCUGUUGAUGAGUGAGAGAAGCCAUUUGGAUGAUCGAGUUGCCUCUUUUUAAAAGAUAAUUUUAUGAGAGGUUUCAGAUGUAGAGAUAAACACUGGCAGCAAUUAAGGUAGGAGAAACAAACAGGUAAAGAAUGAGAAAAAGAAUGCAAAGCCAAAAGUGCAGAAAGAAAAAGGGAGAAAAGGAAAUGCAAAAAGAGUGAUUCUGACUUUUUCUUUGCAGCAGCUACGAAUAUAAAUUCACAUUAAAAGUCUUUACAACACA